UACAAUUGUUGUUUCUGAAAUGCGGUAAAUUUGGUCGACUGUUUUGGAAAAUUUUGUUUGUGGUAUAAAAUUGUGUUAUGAUUUGAUUUAAAAAAGAAUAAACUAAUAUGAGUGAAGUAUGUUUCGUAGAGGUUACUCCACAUGAUGGAAAUACAGCAAAGUGGAAGGACAUUACAAUAAAUACUGGUGCUGCUCAAAGUACUUUACAAGACAUCAAACUUCCAGAAUUUGCUGGGUGUUAUUCGUAUCAAGAAGAGAGUAGAACAGAAUCAUCAUGUAAUAAUAGAUUUAUCUAUUGGCGAGCUGCAAAUGAUAUUUUGGAGCUUGUUGAAGUUUCGCUUGAUGUUAACUUGAUUGGAAACCACGUGCGAUUACGAUUUCAACAUUCACCAAUAUUAAGAGAUCUUUCAAUCCAUGAAACACAAGAUCGGGUCUUUAUUCUUAUUGCAACAGUCUCUAGUGUUCAUCGUUUGGUGUUUCCCCAUCCACGCAAGUUAGGACGAAUUGAUGUUUUUACUACACAACACUCACAGUUUAAGCUACCAUCGGUGUUUUUUGAUGCCUCUGUGGCUGCAAUGCGGGAUACGACUAGUUAUCAUGUCUUAAAUCAUACUACUAUUGGUGUUCCACUGCCUCACACGGCCUGCUUGUGGCUUACUCAGAACCACGAUGCUGUUUUUGUACUGGCCAGUAGUAUUGGCUCAGUUUUGGUUGUUUCAAUGGCUUCUCCUGAAAAUGGAGGUAAAGUUAAUUCAUUUGAAUUACGGCGAACAUCUGUGAUGUCUCGACUCUGGAGUGGUCUUGUUCCCUCUGUUAUAAGAGGCAACCCGGAAGGAUACGAAAUGGCUUUAGCUUUAGUCUCUCACUUUAUGGAAAAAGAUUGGCUGGUGUUUGCUUUGUGCAAGGAUCUUCAUCUUCGUAUUUGGUCUUACCAGCAACAAGAAUGUUUAAUGGCUGCUUCGGUUCUAGAACACUGUGGAGAAUCUACUAGCAACAUCUCUUACCACAGCUCAGGUGUUAAACCUUGUUUGAAAAAGGCUGUUGGAAGCUCAGGAACAAAUAUUUACUUAGGUGUGUUUCUGAACUUUCCUUCCCAAAGCCAGUUCUGUAUAUUUCAACCUGUUGUUUUAUCCACUCAGUAUCACUUAGCUCAUGUGUCAACACUGUUUGCUCCAGAGUGUGACUUGGUGGAUUUUUGUGUAUCUUCAACCCAUCUUUGGACAUUAUGGCUAAAUGCCACUAGUGAUGCUGUUAUUAGAUUCACGGGGAUUGACAGUGAAAAUGACAGAAGUCAAACUCCUGGGUGGACAGCAGUGUUACUUCAACCUUCAGUGGGAAGUGAUGUCCGUUUGAAGUUGGGAUAUUUGGAUCCACGAGAAGCCUACUUAGCAGAGAUCUUCCAGCAAGAAAGGUUCACUACAUCCAUAAUAGCCAAAGCCAUUAGUAUUUACAGAAAGACUUUAGACACUACUCAUCUUGGGGAUGCUGUUGUUUCUGUAGAUAACUUGAUGGAGGAAGUUACAAAUGUUGUUGAGAAUGAAAUUCGUCUUCAGGCUGUUGAGUCAGAACUAAGUGACCAAGAGUACUUGGAAUUACAACUGGAUUGUUGGGAAAAGUUUUUUUCUUAUUGCUUACAGUAUCAUGAGGUAGCUUACAACAUAAUCCGAGAUUCUUUGUUGCAGAACAUGUACUCUGUACUUCGUCCCUGUGAUUCAUUGGAGCACCUUCUCUUUUCCAAUCCCAGCGAGUGCACACCUAAGGUCUUUUUGAAUAACUCUGUAAUCAACUCAGAUGUGGAGCUAAGUGCCAACUUGCUUGUUUUGCUGGACUGUCUGAAACUCACCCAGAGCUACUUAACAGAUGAAAUCACCACAUCUUUUGAACAGGAACUGUUUCAUCUACAGCCCCCAGAAGUGUUAGCUCGAGAAGUAGUCAAUGAUCUUAUCUCUGCAGGGACUCAAGAAAAACCAUUAUUAUCAGAACUUGAGUGUCGUCUACACACAAGUACAGGUAUAUUGCAAGCUCUUAAUGCUCUUCUAAAAGAAGUUGACUUGGGACAGAAGAAAACAGAAGAGCUGUCCUGGGAAAAUGAUGAUAUGGACGUGAGGUCACAGCAGUUAAACUCCUUCUUCACUAGUGCUAGUGGCCGCAGUGUAAUUGUAAGAACACUACACCAGCUGGCCAAGUUGAGAUUCUCCCACUGUCGAGACUUGUUGCUCCUUCAACAUCUGAUACUGUCACUAGGUGAUAAGAGUGGACUCUCUUUUGAACAGUCUGAGAAGGUCCGUACAGAGACACUACCAUUGACUAGUAUAUUUACCCAAGCCUAUUACAUUGUCAUGUGGUUGACUGAAGCUGAGUGUACACCAGUUGAAGCAAGUGCUUUAGAGGGUGGACUUCGUCAACUUACACUUCUUGAUAUUACUGAAGAUCCCAUGACACCCAGGUCACAAAAAUCAGGUGUUCCUGAAGCUAAAACUAUUAUAGAGUUGUUUCUGAGGGAGCAGGGAGGAACUCAGGCUCGGCAGAUGUUGGCUAAGCAGCAGUUUCCUGAAGAAAACCCUACUGUUUGGGGUUCCUUGUUACCAAUGUUAGUGGAGAAUCUAGCCUGCCUUAUAUGGCCAAUCAGCACAAACUUUUUCUUCCCUGAAUUCCUUCUCACUCAUUGUCAGUACUUGCCUCUGCAGGAAUAUGUCCGUCUUCUCCAAGGUUGGUGUGAGUGGAACAACUGCUCUCGUCAGUUUCUCCUUGCUAACUGCUACCUGAAUAUGGGGGAGCCAUUAAAAGCUGUUGACCUUUUCAGUCAAGCCUCGGAGGGUGUUGCACGUGAAGACUUUUUGAGAUAUAAACUACUACAGGCAUCUGAAGAUGCUAGUACUGAAAGUUUGGUUGUCCAGUACUACCUGAAAGUUGUUCAGCUGCUUGAAUGUUUCGGUCUGUAUGACUGUAUUGUUACCAUAGCAACAAAUGCUCUCACUGCUGCUGAGAAGGAUGAUCCAAACAUUCCAACACUGUGGUCUCUGAUAUUUAAAUACCAGUUGGAAUUAGGACGGAAUGAAGAAGCUUACACUGCCAUGACCUCUAACCCUGAUAUAUCGAGGAGGAAAGACUGCUUGCGUCAAUUUCUUGUGGUGUUAUGUGAACGAAAACAAUUAAAGGCACUUGUGGAAUUCCCAUACAUUGAUAUGCAGGAAGACCUGAUAACCAUAUUGGAAUCUCGGGCUAGAGCAUCUGAUCUUUUGGCUCAUAACUAUUAUGAUCUUUUGUAUUCCUUCCAUAUUCAGUGUAACAAUUUCAGAAGAGGUGCAAGCACUAUGUAUGAAUAUGCUAUGCGAUUGGGUCGAGAAGUGGUAGGAACUCAGGCUCUCAUGAAACAGGCAUGGUGCUAUCUCACAGCCUUAAGUUGUCUCCGACUGGUUGACCCGAAGUUUGCUUGGAUUGUGAAACCUGUUCCUUCUAACAAGCUUAUGGAUUCUGAAGCUGCUCAUGGGAUGUCUCCAAAGAGGACGUCUGAUGGUGAAGAAAUUCUUAAUAAAUCAAUAAAGAGACGUAUUGAAGUGUUAGAACUGGCAGACAUCAAGCGAGAGUAUGAUUUAGUCCAUUCUCGUCUCCAACUCAUUCAGAAGGAUCCUAACUCUGUCCAUACAGCUGCUGUUCCUCUGUCAGCUAGUGAAACAGUUGCUCUACUUGUUGGAGGAGGAUUAUUUGAUGCUGCUAUCCAUGUGUGUCAGGCCUUUGAUCUUUCCCUUGCUCCUGUGUUUGAAGGCCUUGCAUCACGGUGUGUAAGCCUAAUGCAUCAAUCUACCAGGAAUGUCAACGAGGACUUUGAGUCUGCAGAAACUUGGGAAUGGCUUGCGGAGAAUGAAAUAACAGAUACACAGUGUGUCAGUGAUCCCAGUGGACAGAGACAGGCGUGGCUUCUACUUCAGAGCUACCUUGAUCGGUACGAAAAAUCAGGGAUAACAACUUAUCAUCGUUGUGUUGCAACGAGGCUUCUAGCCCUUGGAGCAGUUCUACCAACUUGGUUUCAGAAUUCAUAUAAAAAACAUAAUAUUGCCGAACUUUUGAUGCUGUAUGUUAUGUAUGACCUUGUAUCUGAAGCAGCAGAGCUGGCUGUAGAAUAUAUUGAUGCCAUACUUGGCCAUGGAAAGGAAUACUUUGGUCUGAAGCAUGCUCUUCAUGGAACUGCACCCCCUGUGUGGAUGCCCCACAAUGUGUUUGAUCACAUUCUGGCAGCACUAUCUGAGAGUCGUUCUGGAUUGGUUCUUACUCAGGUGGAAAAGAUGAUGCAGCACAAACUGGAUCAGUAUUAUCAGUUGUUAGCAAGAGCAUCUGAAGCUAAAGCUACUUUGAUUGGACAGCUUCCACCUUCCUCCACUUUAAUCAGUCCGCUCAUGGAAACAACAUAAAAUUUACGUUGAGCAUAAUUUUAUCAUUCGCUAAACCUAACAUCACAAAUUUUAAUUUCUUUCUGUAAGUUAGAGUUACAAUAAAUUGUUUUUGUUUGUUUGUUUUUUUACAAUGACUUAAAA